AUGUCCGUCCGCCAUCGGACGCGUGCACCGCGGCCGCCGCCACGUCGCUCCAGCCAAUCGGCGGCCGCCACAUCACCACCGCCGCCGCUCUCCUCCAACCCGCGGCCGCCACCUGUCCCGCUGCUUCCCCGCACCGCGCCAGGCCCGCCGGGCCCGGAUCAGGCCCACGGGGCCCAUCCCGCCGCCGCCGCCACCCGCGGGCACUGCCCCGCGCGAGCCUCCCCGCGCCUCGCCGCCGGCGCCCUCCGCCGGACUCCGCCGCCAUCUCCUCGCCGCCACCAGACCCCGCGGUUCCUCCGCGCCGCCAGGCCGGAUCCGCCCCGCCGUGCGCCGCCCUCUGCCUCCACGCCGUGCGCCGCCGCCCUCCGCCGCCGGCGUCUGGCCUCUGCCGCCGGCGCCCCGAGUGCCCGUGCCCGCGCCUCGCCGUCCUUGCCGCGUCGCCGUCCCGCGCCCCCUCGCGCCCGGAUCCGGCUGGAUCCGGUCGGGGAGAGGCCCCGCCGCCGGCCCCCGUCGCCGGAGCAACCUCGCCGGUGCCCCGCGUCCUCUCCGGCCACCUUCUUCCCCGUCUCCGGCGAGAUCCACCGCCCCCGUUGA